GGAGUCUCGUCCCUCACUGCCGUUUGCUCUCCGCUCUGAGAUGGCGUUCGUAGUUUUUGUCCUUCAGCUGGCCAUCUACAUCCUGUUACUUCCCGUGCACCUGCUGAAUUUUCUGGGCCUGUGGAGCUGGAUUUGCAAAAUGUGGUUUCCCUGCUUCUUGUCGAGGUUCACUGUGAUAUACAACAAACAAAUGGCAAGCAAGAAGCGGGAGCUCUUCAGCAACCUGCAGGAGUUUGCGGGCCCCUCGGGGAAGCUGUCCCUGCUGGAGCUGGGCUGCGGCACCGGGGCCAACUUCAAGUUCUACCCCCCGGAGUGCAGGGUGACCUGUAUCGACCCCAACCCCAACUUUGAGAAGUACUUUGUCCAGAGCAUCGCCGAGAACCGACACCUGCAGUUCGAGCGCUUCCUGGUGGGUGUGGGGGAGAACAUGCACCAGGUGGCCGACGGCACCGUGGACGCGGUGGUCUGCACCCUCGUGCUGUGCUCGGUGCGGAACCAGGAGCAGGUCCUCCGCGAGGUGCGCAGAGUGCUGAGGCCGGGCAGGGCUUACUAUUUCAUGGAGCAUGUGGCAGCAGAGGGUUCAACUUGGAAUUACUUCUGGCAACAGGUCUUGGCUCCUUCCUGGCACCUUGUGUUUGAUGGCUGCAGCCUGACCAGGGAGUGCCACUUGUUUGGCUUUUAG